AUGGCAGGCGAAAAGGUCACCGGGGCCUCGUGUUACUCGUUCAACACGACCGCCAUCAAGACAUGCUGCACGGCGGCCAGCGGCGCUUUCUCCAACCAGACUUUCGCCCAGUUCAACGCGACGUACACCGGGGUAGUGGGCUACCUCACCCAGAAUGGCACCGUGAGCGGGGCUUACGUCGGCGGGUGUAACAGUUACUCUGGUGGGGCGCAGACCCUCGCCGACUGCCUGAACGCCGCAUGGAAGGACACGGGGGUGCAGGGCCGCUGCAACUUUUAUAUGUCGCGCGCCGAGCGCCGCGUGUCAAAGGCGGCCCCCGCCCUCCGCCACCCGCCACCUCCGCCAACACCCAACACAAUGGUAUCCGCCGGCCUCACCAGCGUAGACUGCUACACGUCGAACGGCUUCGUGGCCAUGCAAGCAUGCUGCGCGUCCGCAAUGGGCACGUACACCAACGUCACGUUUGCCGAGUUCAACGCCACGCACCCGAACAUUGUCAACGCGACCGCCGGGACCAACGAAGCGCUCAGCCCGCCGCUUGUGGGCGGGUGCCAUUCAAGCUCGGCACCCCGCCCGCUUAGCGAUUGUUUCGACAAGGCCAAGGCGUCGGGCAUACACGGCGUAUGCGAUUACACCUACAAGACCUCGCGGGCCGAGCGGGGCGUGGGUGCUGCCGUGUGGGUGGUGUUUGUCGGCUUGGUGGCGGGGGCUGUCUUGUCGUUGUAA